UGGCGCCGACAGCUAUGUAUUCCAGGUCUUUCCCCUCCACCAUGGCAUUGCUGUUCCAUGCUGCUUUCUCCAAGCCAGGCUGCACCAAUUCCCACGAAGUGACUUGGUGACUUGAAGCUUAUCUGUGCUACAUCAUCCCAUCCUCUUUACGCAGCCCCCCCGGGGGAAACUUUACGAACCUUGCCUCCCACCGAUCUAUCUACCAUGUCAUUUGGAACGAGGAUACCAUAAAACAUCAUUCAUUGACUGAGUGGGUGGCCGAGUGGCGUUUUGUAACGAUCUCAAGCCAUCAGUGUGUUUAUGGGGAAACUACCGCAUCGCACCGACUCUUUCGCGGGACAGAAGACGCUUGAGACUCGACCACUGUGUGACAUAACAUAAACUUAACCCAUCAUGGGACGGCUUAUUAAAAACCAUUGGGCGCGCCUUAUCAUCCUCACAGCUUCUGCCUACCAAAUAGGCGGCGCAAUCGAGGGCUUCAUCUGGCCCAAGGUAUUCUGGGACUUCAUGACAGACAAUCUGAACGGCGCCGUGAACCCGAUCCCGGUCCUGCAGAUUCUCAACCUCCUCAUGGGCCUCGUCUGCAUUGCGUGGGAAUGGCCAUUGAAAUACCUCGCGGGAUCUCCACCACACCGCAGCAUUGAGUUUCGAUUGAUCCUCUAUCCCCUCAGCGCUCUGCUCUCCAUGCUCCUCUACCAGGGAACAGACCCUGCGAUAUACUACCUGAUUGGAGUGGGGGUGUAUUUUUGGGCCUACAGCGAGGGCGAAUACUACAAUGGCAGCGACAAUGGAAGUGACUACGACGUUCCUGUGAACAAGAAGACCAGCUUCCACGGGCACCUCAACCAAUACUUCCACACCACGAAGAACAUCAUCCCCGCGCAAUCGCAACCCACCACCAAACCCACCACCACCACCACUACACGCACAACCACACGCACAAUCACACGCCCAGUCACGAGACGCACCCCAAUCUCAGCUCCAUCCACUCCCAAUCCUUCUGACGAAAAACAAGCCUCAACCUCUCUAAAACGAAAACGAACCCGAAACGCAGACUCAGACUCUACAACAAACCCACGCACCACCCGAACCCGCUCGCGCAUAUCCAGCCCUUCCAGCACCAACACCAACACCGACCCACCUCCCUCCCUCCUGAUCGACACCAUCCCGCCCAACCUCACCCUCCUCCUCGUAGGUGUAAACCCAGGCCUCCUAACGGGCCUAACGGGCUUCUCCUACGCGCACCCGUCGAACCUCUUCUGGAAACUCCUGCACUGGUCCGGGAUCACGCCCAUCCGCCACCGCCCCUCAGACACCUACCGCCUCCCAGAACUGUACAAUAUCGGGAACACGAAUAUCGUUUCGCGGCCGACGCGCGACGCCAGCAUGCUGAGCCGGGCGGAGAUGGACGCGGGGGUGCCGGUGCUGGAGGCCAAGGUUGCCCGCCAGCGGCCCGAGGCGGUGUGUCUCGUGGGCAAGAGUAUCUGGGAGGCGGUGUGGAGGGUGCGGCGCGGACGGGGGAUCAGGAAGGAGGAGUUUCGCUAUGGGUGGCAGGACGAGGGCGAGAAUAUGGGCAAGGAGGCCGGUGGGGGGUGGGCUGGCGCGAGGGUGUUUGUCGCGACUACCACGAGUGGGCUGGCUGCUGGGAUGUCAGUCGCGGAGAAGAGGGAGGUUUGGGCGCUGCUGGGGGAGUGGGUUCGUGGGAGAAGAGCGGUGUCGAAGGUGUAGAUAUGUACUGCGUAGACGAGAUAUCUAUUGUAGGUCUGGAAUGUCCCAAUAG